CAGUAGCGUGCUUCCUCUCUUUCUGCUACCCACCGAACGCAAACUACAAAGCUCCACGCAGUAUGCUUCUCCGCCCUUCCACUCUCGGCUCCUCCGCCGAACCCCGACUACGUUCCUCCUCCUCCUCCUCUCCCAACCUCUCCUCGAUUCCUCGAAUCCCUAAAGCUCUUAUCCCCAUCUCCGCCUUGCCUAAAGGCUUCCCAACCCUCCCUCCGACCCGUCGCGCUCCCCCUUUUCGCCGCGCGCUAUUACGCUGCUCCGCGAGGCGCAUCGAGGAUGCCGCGCCGGCGGGCUGUGGGACGGCGGAAGAGGUGCGAGAGGCCGACGCAAGGGUGGUGGAGGGGGACGCGGCGUGCCGCGACGGAGCGGGAGGGGCUGGGCUGAGCGUGGUGGUCGGAAACCCUAAGCUUCCGAUGAGUCUGAGUAUGUAUCGAAUGAGCUUGGGGGAUCAGGCAUUCUUCCUCUUGGCUAUCGUCGCUUCGAUGACUUCUAUUGCAUUUACCAGUUUAGUGAUCGCAGCUAUUCCGACACUAUAUGCAAUGAAGAGAGCUGCAACAUCUCUUGCAAGGUUGGCAGACACUGCUCGAGAGGAGCUUCCUGGUACCAUGGCUGCGAUCAGACUCUCAAGCAUGGAGAUCAGUGAUCUUACUUUGGAAUUGAGUGAUUUGAGCCAAGAAAUAGCUGAUGGUGUGAGCAAAUCGGCACAAGCUGUGCAGGCUGCAGAAGCUGGAAUCCGACAGAUUGGUUCCUUAGCUCGGCAACAGACCAUGUCAAUGAUACAGGAACGAGCAAACUUGCCCAAUAUUUCUCUGCAACCUGUGGUAGCAGGUGCUGCAAGAAAAACUUCUCAUGUUGUUGGCCAGGCUAAGAAGACUUUCAUGAAUAUUAUUUCUCGCGGUAACGAGUGUAGCUCCGAGGGUGAAGACAUGUCCAGCAAAGUGGAGUUUUGAUCAAGCAAAGAUGACUCUAGAAGCAAGAGUUCUUCUGUUUUUAAUGUUAUACUGCUAAAGUUAGCAGCAGUUAAUCGGACAUCAUCUUUGUCCAAAAGGAUGGUGCUGGUCUUAGUUCAUCUACAUUUUCAUUAAGACUUGGAACAAUAUCAGGUAUGAUCGUACAUUAUUGUAGAUCUUCGAUUUGUUUAGGAAAAUGUUGUCAAUAAUAUUACGGCCAUCUAGUUGAUAUCUUUCUAUGUGCUUGUUCAUUCUCUCUUAGUUUUGCAGCACUUGUAACAACUAUAAAUUUGCUGGCUGUUCAAGCCCACACUUAUUGCAAUAAUUUCACAA